GAUCUUUUAUUUUUUUCUAAGGCAGAGUGACAGAUUUCUCCUUCCACGGUGGUUUUAUACUGACAUYAUCUGUUGUAUUUUUUUCAUGUACAACUGCUAUAUUAUUUCUUCGAAGCUUUGYUGGACCUCGACUAAUUUGAUGUUUUCCAGUGGUGUCCGAGAGCUGUAUCAUCAUGGCUGUUUGACCUGGCUCUACUUUCACUUGACAACCUUAAUUCUGUCGACUGCUUGGCACAGCUAGCGACCCCUUGUGGUGUAACAGUGCAGCUACAAGAACCGGAAGUACAACCUCUCUGAGGUCAUGGGAGGCAAAGUCAGCUCCAAAAUGGCGGCUCCCACCGCUAGAAUAAUUCAGGCUGUACGGCCACAUGCUCCUCUGAUCAAGUUCCCCAACAGACAGGGUGUGCCAAAGCCUAAUGCCCAAGAAGUGUUGAAAAUGUUAGCAGUUAAUUUACCACAACAGAACGCUCCUUCAGCUGCAGCGUCAGCGCCGGUAUCGAGUCUGCACGUCCCCCUGACUCCUGUCCCGGGCACGCCAGACACCCUGGCCUCCAUCCAGCAGCUUCCUGCGAGGUACCGCAGGAGACCGAUGACUGUGGAUGAAAUGGACUACAUCCAGCGUGGUGGACCAGAGUGACUCAUUUUCUGCAACCAAAGUCCUUAUCUGCUGGAGACCAGUCUGUCUUUAUUCUGCUCGUCAGCACAAUCCUGAUACCCCGAGACAUCUAGAAUAAAGUAUUACAUGAAGCCUGUUGAAAUGUACAUAUGUUUAUUUUUUAAACGAUUGCAGUGGACUCUGUGGUCACACUAAACAGUAAUGUCCGUGUAAAACACUGAAAAGCCAUAAUAACAACUCUUCUGUUGAACUUUACUGGCAAUCCAUAGUUUCAACAAGUUUUGUUUUAGUUACAUCAUAGAACACAAGCUGGAAGCUGUGGUACAUGGUAUUUGCCAUUUCAGGUUAUAAUGAAUUGAUSUGUUUAUCACAAUACACAUUUAAAUCAGUUCUUUAAAUUGUGUUUUGUUCAUGUGAACUAUUGAAUUGAUUAAAAGAAUAUUGCACUUUAA